UGUAGCUGUACUCCGGCUACCUUCUCUCCCCUAGAUCCACAUGUUAGAGUAGAGUGUGUGUGUGUGUGUGUAUCUCUGCAUGUGUUUGUGGGAGACAGCUGACCUCUAGCCACAACUACUUGUGGAGGAACUAACUUGCGGAGAAACUACACACAUUGGUAUUUUUCAAUAUUAGCACAAGCCAACUUUGUCAGCAAGCACAGAGUUUUCUUCUGUGCGAUGAGUGGAAUGACAUUGUGGAGAGCUUAUUGCUUGCUUGUGCUGGUAUCCCUGAUAGCUCUGCAGGGAAAUGCCCACCCACAGUGCCUGGACUACAAGCCUCCCUUCCAGCCCCCGGAGCCCCUGGUCUUCUGCAAGGAGUAUGCCAAAUUCGGAUGCUGUGACUUAAACAGGGAUAACCAAAUAUCCCAGCACUUCUAUCAGAUCAUGGACUACUUUGAUCACUCUGGAUACAUGGCCUGUGGGAAUUAUAUCCGCAGCAUUCUUUGCCAGGAAUGCUCACCAUAUUCAGCUCACCUGUAUGAUGCAGAAGAUGCCAACACUCCAAUGCGGGAGCUUCCUGGUCUCUGUGGGAACUACUGUAGUGAUUACUGGCUCCAUUGCCGUUAUACUCUCAGUCUUCUGACCAAUAACAAUGAAACGUAUGCUAUUGAGGAAGACCAAACUAAGUUCUGCAAACAUCUGGAACUGAAGGAUCCAGAGUACUGUUAUCCAAACGUCCUCUCCAACGAUGAGCUCAAUGCAAACCUGGGUGAUGUUCAGGCAGAUCCGCAAGGCUGUAUUCAGUUAUGCCUGGAAGAAGUCGCAAAUGGUCUUCGCAAUCCUGUUGCAAUGGUUCAUGCAAAUGAUGGCACUCACCGUUUCUUUGUCGCAGAGCAACUGGGUUAUGUGUGGACCUACCUGCCGAAUGGCUCUAGAAUCGACAGGCCCUUCCUGAAUCUGACCAAGGCUGUUCUAACAUCACCUUGGGCAGGGGAUGAGCGAGGGUUCCUUUGCAUUGCCCUUCACCCUCGUUUCACAGAGGUGAAAAAGGCCUAUGUCUACUACUCUGUGUCUGUGAAGAAGCAGGAGAAGAUUCGCAUCAGUGAAUUCACCUUGUCUGAUGCAGAUAUGAACAUGCUGGAUCACUCCUCAGAAAGGACACUUUUAGAAGUUGUCGAGCCUGCAUCAAACCACAAUGGAGGUCAGCUGCUCUUUGGUUUAGAUGGCUACCUGUACAUAUUCAUAGGAGAUGGUGGUAAAGCAGGAGACCCUUUUGGAAAGUUUGGAAAUUCCCAAAACAAGUCCACUCUCCUUGGCAAGGUCUUGCGAAUUGACGUUGACAACAAUGACUAUGGCGCCCCCUACAGUAUACCACCAGACAAUCCGUUUGUGGGAGAGAAGGACACAAAGCCAGAAAUCUAUGCCUAUGGCGUGAGGAACAUGUGGAGAUGUUCCAUCGACAGAGGCGAAACAAUCAGUGGCCUGGGGCAGGGCAGAAUGUUCUGUGGGGAUGUUGGGCAGAAUAAAUAUGAGGAAGUGGACCUAAUCGAAAAAGGAGGGAAUUAUGGAUGGAGGGCAAAAGAGGGCUUUUCAUGUUACGACAACAAACUAUGCUCCAACUCUUCACUCAAUGAUAUCCUUCCGAUUUUUGCUUAUCCACAUAAAGUUGGCAAGUCUGUAACUGGUGGCUACAUCUACAGAGGCUGCCAGAUGCCUAAUCUUAAUGGUCUGUACAUCUUUGGGGAUUUUAUGAGUGGGCGACUGAUGUCACUACAGGAGAACCCUGAUACUGGAAAAUGGACCUAUAAGGAGAUUUGUAUGGGCAGUGACAAAACUUGUAGUUUCCCUAAACUUAUAAACAGCUAUUACAAAUAUAUCAUAUCUUUUGGAGAAGAUGAGGCAGGAGAGCUUUACUUCCUUGCAACAGGAGCGGCCAGUGCAAAAGCCAGAGCAGGAGUGGUAUAUAAAAUAGUGGAUCCAUCAAGGAGGGCCCCUCCAGGCAAGUGCAGCUACAAGCCCACUCCAGUCAACAUAAAGGGAAAACUGAUUCAUUUCAGCCCUAAGGAAGAGUUUGUUAUUAACAAAAAAACUGCACUAACAACAACUGCCAUUCCCAAGCCAAAACCAACCAAACCCAGUACCACGACAACUCCCCGUCCACGAGUACCACAAACAACUCUGAGGGUGGCUCCAGUGACCACAGUCCGACCAUCUACACAACAGCCACGCACAUUUCACAGUACCCCGCGGCCCAAGCCUCCCUCUUUGUCAACUCCAAGGGCAGCAUAUUGGACACCUACACCCAAGCCCACUGCAAAGACCCAAAGGGGCAGACCUGGCAAACGAGGCCGAGACAAGACCAGGAGGAAAGGGAACCGGGGAGGCAAGUCUCGCACUGGAACAGUGAGGCUGGUCAGCGCUGAUGGCCGAAAAGACCAUGGCCGAUUGGAGAUCUUUGUACGUGGUGAAUGGGGCACAGUGUGUGAUGACUUGUUUAAUAUUAAGGCUGCGGCUGUAGUCUGCAAGCAGUUGGGAUUUCCAGUGGCCAUCCGGGUGGCUAAGAGAGCAGAGCUGGGGGCAGGAGGCAAAGGGCUCAGCAUCCUACUGGAUGAUGUGGAGUGUGAAGGGACCGAACGGUCUCUACUACACUGCAAACAUGCCAAAAUUGGUAAAAAUAAUUGUUCUCAUGAAGAGGAUGUAGGGGUGAUUUGUGGCCAUUAUGAAAAUGCAAUUAUGUUGGAGAGAAUGAUUUGAUGUUAUUAUAGGCUGUGUUGUUCUUAUACAGCUCAUUCCAUCUUUCAGCUGUCAUUUAUAGAAAAAGCUGCCUAUUGUAAUUGACAGAAAAUAAUGUUUUCUCAUUUAAAGGGUUAGUUUAUGCAAAAAUGAAAAUUUUGUUAUUAUUUACUCACCCUUAUGUUGUUCCAACCCCAUAUUACUUUCUUUCUUUGGUGGAAGACAGAAGGAAAUGUUAGGCAGAAUGUUAGGGACUGACUGUUUCAGUCACUUUAAUUAUAUAGAAUAAAGUGGCAAUGAAAGUGAAUGGUGACUGAGACUAACAGUUUGCUCAACAUCUCCUUUUGGGUUUCAUGCAGGAAAUAAAUGGGUUUGGAACAACACGAGGGUGGGUAAAUGUUGACAUAAUUUACAUUGUUGUAAAAGACUAUGACUAAGAAUAUGUCCCCAUCCAUUAAUGGCAUCACUAUCCCAGCAAGCUGGAGAGAAUCAGAGGCUUUUCUAUUUGUAAAAUUAUGGAAAUUUGUUUAUUCCAAUCUAAACUCUAUAGAUGUACUGUAUAGAGUUAGCUACUGUACAUUAAAAAAAAUAUAUUAUACCUAACAAGUGUCAAAUAAACACAGGUCUCACAGGUAAUAUUAAAUCUUAGAUAUAAUAAAUAUUCUAAUAAUCAAUAAUAAACUUCAACACUGAAUCAUGCAUUGUUUACACUGCACUGUGAGUUGUUGACCAUCUCACACAACAAAAGACAGUUGGAUGGUGAACAUUGUUUUGCCAGUUGAAAAGACAAAUGUAUUAAUCAUUAUUUCAUAAAAUUGUUUCUUAUAAUACAGCAGUGAAAUUAAAUUAAUAAAAUUUGAAAAUGUGCUUAAAAUAAAUCCAUCUAACAUACCUGAGAUCAAGAAUUUCUCAGAUUGUUCAUCUAUCCGUCAAUCCAUCUAUAUCCUUAUCCUAUCUAGGGUCACAGGGGUGCUGGAGCCUUUCCCAGCUACCCUGGUCUGAAGGCAGGGAAACCCUGAAUAGGUGACCAGUCUGUCACAGGUAGAACACAUAUAGAUAGACACACAUACUGACAAUGUAAUAUUUUUCUCUCAGAUUGUCUUUUUCAAAAUCAAUUCAGGUUAUUUUUAUGUAAAUAAUGCUAUUUUUUCAUGCUGAAUGCUAUUGUUGCACAGAUUUGUGAUGAUUUUAUCAAAACGCAAUGCUGGACAUUAAGAAUUUAAAAAUGUAAAUAAAAGUGUUUGCU